AUGGUAUCCCAGAUCACCAGCGGCUCGGUCAACCCAUGGACCCUUAUGCAUGUAGACGAUCCGGGCCUCCUGACCGCCCAGCCGGAUUUAUCCAACGCCGCUAGGAGUGAUAGCAGUCUUGGCCCACUGCCACAGGUAACUGGACAAGCCAGUUCGCGACCUGAUGAGCUCAGUUUCGUAAUCUUGGGAACCUCAAGUGUUGAAGCAGCUGAAAUCGCCAGCCUGUUGGAAGCGGAGCUCAGACAGGCACAUCAUCGAUACAAGCAUUGCACCGUUGCAUCUCCAGCAACAUGUUUAGCGGCAUUGAAAGCGAACUCAGCAACUCACGUUUUCGUCAUAUUCGACGAUGUCGUGGGUGAUGUUGAGGACACAGUCUCAGACGAGUUAUGCGACGAAAAGACUCUAGGAAUUGCCGCCAACGUGCUGGCUCUGUUACGGGACGAACUCAACCUCAAAAUGAGCCUCACGAUAUUGCAGGACUUGGACCUGAAGGAUGCCUAG